AUGAACAAGUUACCACUAAUGUUUCUAAAAAAUGUGUAUUUUGUCCAAGCUGGCAUUGGAAUCUUAGCUAAUGUCUUCCUUCUUGUCUUCCACAUCAUCACAAUCCACCAGGUCCAUAAGCCAAGGCCCACUGAUAUAACCACCUGUCACCUGGCUUUUGUUCACAUAGUGAUGCUCCUUACUACACUGGAUAUUUUAUCUGAAGACAUGUUCAGUUUCUUGACUUUUGUAAAUGAAUUGAAAUGUAAGCUUGUGCUGUACGUGAGUAGAGUGGCUAGGGGUCUCUCCAUCUCCACCACCUGUCUCUUAAGUAUUAUUCAGGUCAUCACCAUCAGUCCAAGCUCCUUCUAUUUGUCAAGAUUUAAACAUCAACUGACAUAUUAUAUUAUCAUUGCUUUGUUCUCUUUUUGGUGCCUUAACCUGUUUUCCAAUAGUAACAUAAUCAUUUAUACUGUAGUUCAUCCUAACAAAACUAAUCUACUAAAUGUCACUAAGUAUUGCUCACUCUCCUCAGUGAACUCCAUCAUCAUGGCACUAUAUAUCAUGCUUAUCUUGUCCCAGAAUGUCUUCUUUGUAGGGCUCAUGCUGCUCUCCAGCAUGCACAUGGUCAUUUUCUUAUGUAGCCAUCAGAGGAAGUCUGAGUACCUUCACAGCAUGAGCAUUUCCCCAAGAAGCUCCCCAGCCAAAAGGGCCACUCAUACUGUCCUAGUGCUGGUGAGUUUCUUUGUGAUUAUGUACUGUUUGGAUAUCAUCAUCUCAUCCUUCUCAAUCAUAUUGCGUAAAUAUGAUCAGGUUGUCCUGGACAUCCAGAGACUGGUGGGAAAUGUCUAUGCCACUGUCAGUCCUUUGGUGCUUAUUAGUUCUGAUAAAAGAAUAAUAGCUCUUCUGCAUAAUGUGAUUGGUAUGUUAAAAAUCUUAACAAAUUGA